AUGCACGGCGCUUCUACCGCCGCACGGCUUCUCUUGGGCCUGCUGAUGCUGGCCCAUCAUGCCCACGCCCAAUUCUUCCAGAACAUCUUCCAUUCGGGACAGUUCUUUACUCAGUCCUCUGAGCAGGAGGCGCAAAGAGUGGGAGAUGCUUCGUGGUUCCGCGACCGCGUGAAUGCAGUUGCGAUGCCCUAUUGGCGAUGCCUAUGUGUGUGUGCCACGGAUGGACUGUAG